GACGCUAUAAGUGGCACAGCACCCGGGAUUACACACUAAUACCAUGAGCUGGGGUGUGUUGGCACUGCAGUUAGCUGGCCUUAGAAUAAAGUCAUGUUCGGAUAAUGAGUGACUUCUACCGUCGUACUUCCCAGCAGGCCAAUCUGUCCUUUUGGGGAUGGGGGGGUCUCGGAGUCGUGCUCUUCCUCAUCACCUUCGGACCCUUCGCCAUAUUCUACCUGGCUUUUUAUGUCCUCUGCUUCAUUGGCGGGGCCUUUGCGGUCACUCUGCUGUACGGGAAGAUCAACUCCGAGAAACACCUGGAGAAGUGCGAGCAUGCCUAUCUGCCUCCCACACAAAUCGGUAUUUCAAAGACAUUGGAAGAGAUGAAGCUGGAGUCCAAACCUAUAAAGAUCGACAGGCGACUGACUGGCUCAAGUUUCAUUGAUGAACCUCUGCAACAGGUGAUCCAGUUUGCUUUGCGAGAUUAUAUCCAGUAUUGGUAUUACACUCUGAGCGAGGACGAGUCUUUCUUACUGGAGAUCAGACAGACUCUGCAGAAUGCCCUGGUCCAGUUCUCCACACGGUCCAAAGAGGUGGACUGGCAGCCUUACUUCACCACCCGCCUGGUGGACGACUUUGCCACCCAUUUGCGUGUCUUUCGUAAAGCUCAGGAUCGUCUCCCGGACAGAGACGAUAAACAAAGGGACAUAACGGAGGAGCUGAUCGACUCAUUUUUUGAGGCGGAAGUGGAGAUGGAAAGGAAGAUUUGUCGAGACGUAGUGUGCACUUCUCAGAAGGAUGAAGAAGGUUUCCUUCGAGACUUGUGCGAGUUGCUUCUGUACCUGUUACUACCUCCUGGAGACUUCCACAACAAGAAUAUGCGAUACUUUUUAAGAGAGGUGUUGGCACGUGGUGUCCUCCUUCCUCUCAUUAACCAGCUGAGCGACCCAGACUACAUCAAUCAGUUUGUCAUUUGGAUGAUCCGGGACUCCAGCUGUAACUACGAAGCGUUUAUGAACAUCCUCAAGCUGACGGACAAGCCUGCCGAGCUGGAGGCCGUGAAGGACAAGGUGAUGGAGGAGCUGCAGUACCUGCGCUCGCUGGACACAGCAGGAGAUGACAUCAACGUGAUCAAGAACCAGAUAAACAGUCUUCUGUUUGUGAAGAAGGUGUGUGAAACCAGGAUCCAAAGACUACGAUCAGGCAAGGAAGUGGACGCCUUGAAGCUGGCGGCCAACUUCGGCAAGCUGUGUGUCAUCCCGCUGGAUCACAUCCUCAUCCACAACAUCGCCCUGCAGUUCUUCAUGGAUUUCAUGCAGGCGGCCGGUGCCCAGGCAGAACUCUUCUUCUGGCUCACCGUGGAGGGCUACCGGGUGACGGCGCAGCAGCAGCUGGAGGCCAUGCAGCGAUGGCAAAAAGACGGCAAGAAGCAACCCAGCACGACCAAGGGGCUCUUGAAGGCAGCUGCACUGGGCGUCUAUGAGCAAUACCUCUCUGACAAGGCGUCUCCCAGGGUCCAAGUGGAUGAGGAGUCAGUAACACGUUUGGGAGAGAAGCUGCAGAAAGACGAUCCCACGCCAGAAAUAUUUGAUGACAUCCAGAGAAAGGUGUACGACAUGAUGCUGCGCGACGAGCGCUACUACCCGUCCUUCAAGCAGAGCCCGCUCUACGUGCGCAUGCUGGCCGAGUUGGACAUGCUCAAAGAGCCCAGCUACCGCGGCUCGGACGACGGCGAUGGAGAAUCUUUCAACGGCUCCCCGACAGGAAGCAUUAACUUGUCUUUGGAUGACUUGACCAACUCCUGCCAUGAUGAAUUUAUGCACCUCCACGCUUUCAUCUCAGACACAGGCGUCUGCAACGAGCACGGGAAGACGUACGCCCUGUACGCCAUCACUGUAUUCAGACGUAACCCGGACGGCAGUGAGGAUUGCUGGAAGACGUACCGGCGCUACUCUGACUUCCACGACUUCCACAUGAGGAUCACAGAGCAGUUUGAGAACUUGACGUCCAUUCUUAAGCUCCCGGGUAAAAAAACGUUCAACAACAUGGACAGAGACUUCCUGGAGAAGAGGACCAAAGACCUCAAUGCUUAUCUACAAUGGCUGCUGGACCCAGACAUCAUUAAGGCUUGCCCAACCCUUAUUCCCUAUGUCUAUGACUUCCUCGAGAACAAAGCCUACAGCAAAGGCAAAGGAGACUUUGCACGCAAGAUCGACACGUUGGUGAAUCCUCUGAGGAGCUCCAUGAGGAACGUGUCCAACGCGGUCAAGUCCCUCCCAGACAGUCUGGCUGAGGGCAUGAACAAAGUGUCCGACAACAUGGGCCGCAUGUCGGAAAGACUCGGCCAGGACAUCAAACAGUCCAUACUGAAGGUGCCUCCUCUCCUCCCCAAGUCCGACAUCGACCCAGAACACUGUCGAGUCUCCGCCCAGCUGGACGACAACGUGGACGACAACAUCCCGCUGCGUGUCAUGUUGCUGCUGAUGGACGAGGUGUUCGACCUGAAGGAGAAGAACCAAUGGCUGCGCAGGAACAUCAAGAACCUGCUGCAGCAGCUGAUCCGCGCCACUUACGGCGACACCAUCAAUCGGAAAAUUGUGGACCAUGUGGACUACUUGACCUCACCAGAGCAAGUGGCAGAAUACGUCAAAAAGUUCAGGGACUCCUAUUGGCCCAAUGGGAUUUUAGCUGAGACGCUGCCUUGCCGGGACAAAAACAUCCGCAUGAGGACGAGAGUCGCUGCCAAGACCAGCCUGCUUGGCAUCAUGCCAGAUGAGCUGAAGCACAUCAUCGGUGCGGACACCACUCGCAAGGGCAUACUGCGGGUCUUCAACAUGUUCCAGUACCAGCCCAUGAACCGGCGACUGGUCUACGUGUUCCUGGAGGGCUUCUUGGAGACCAUGUUUCCUCAGUACAAGUUCCCGGAGCUUUUUGUCAAGCUGCACUCCCGCUCGCCGCGCAUCCACAGAUAUAGCCAGAAACUCAAAUCUUCCUCCCUCAAAAGGUGACAAAAGCGAAGUCAACACACACACACACACACACACACACUUAAGAGCUAAACUUGAGGUUGGGGGAGGGGCUUGAUGUGAACUUUAAAGUAUGGAAACACGCCCACAAACAAAGCAAUGGCAUCCAGACUGAACAUGAGUCACCAUCGUUUUCCCCCUCUCAGAUCUUUUUAGUUGUUCAGUUUGAUCAGGGCGGGUUUAUGCUGCUUUGUGUUGGUCCUAAUAGGAGGCCAUGAGUACUGUAUUUUUUUUUUUCUUCUUCUUUUUUUUAAAACUGCAGGAAUAAUUAGCAUACACCCACACCUUGCCUUACCUUCCGGCCCGCUUCUGCGAUUGGGCCGCCACCCUCAAGGUGAAGCAGCCGCAGUCCCGACUCGCCCCCUUAAUGCUGUAGACCUUUUAACUACAAAAGCUGCACUCUUGUAUUUGUGUUUCCGUGGCAACCAAAUAUGUCAAAAGCACUGGUUUACGAGGCGCUGUUUUUAAAAUGUGACUGAACAAAUAUAGGAUGAAUGGAUUUUUUUUUUUUUUAAAGCCUCGGGGCUUCUCUUGGAUCCUUUCUGACUGUACAUCACAAUCCUCCGGGAGGAAGCCACACCCCCUUUAACUCGAACCCUGAUGACCAAAGCCCAUGUGUGAACAUUGAAGAAACGACGAGCAUCGUCACGAGCACACCAGUAGUAUGCUUCAAAGAAUGUAUCGCGUGUGGAUAAUUCAGUGCGAGUGGUAAAAAAAAAAAAACGGUGCCAGUGUGGGCGAGCGAGGUCGCCUUAAUAGUGUAAAAAAAAAAAAAAAAAAAAAAAAAAAAAAGACGCACGCUAGGACAUGACUGAACCCUUCACUAGAGAUAUAUGGACAAAUAUCACGUUUUGUGCAAUAUUACUUUAAUGCAUGUGAAUUCUUGUACAGUCAAACGAGAUAUUAUUUUUUAAAAACUUUAACAUUCCAUUGUACUGCUUUUCUUUUACAGACUUGUUUUAUAAGUCAUUUUUCCCCAAGUGUUUUACCUGAACGCUCACUUUUAUUGGCAAGUUAGCCAGUAGACUCAAGCAGGAUCAGCCCCCCCCCCACGUGACCUGUGCAAUCACUGCAAAUAAGCACUUAAGUAGCAACUAUGGGAGAGCGCCUCCUAUUGGCUAGACGGAGCACCCAAACCCGCAGUCAUUGGCUGAGGAAUAAACCGACUUGUACAUGGAAGGUGAUCACCACCUCUUUUUAACCCCGAUACGUGCAUAUACUUGUACAGUUUGUGUCAAUAGCGUGCCUAAAUGUUCUUUCAACUCUAUUUUCAUAUUUUUCUUUAACCUAAAAAAAAAAAAAAAAGAGCAAAUCAGAAUGUCAUGAUCACUUUACUCGACUGAAAUGACCUUCGUGUUUGUUUUUGUUUUUUUGCAUCAUGCUUCUCAACAAACCUUCCUUGAGAGCAACUGUGCUCAGAUCAGUAUAACACUAAUAAAAAGGUAACUCAGA